UACAAAAGGGACAUUUGCCAACGGACCACCGUUGUCUACUGAGCAAACACCAGCACCUUCAUUCGUUCGUGAUUUAUUACAAACCAAAGUGUCUGCGCUUGCAAUAGUGGUGAAAAUCUUUUAAACGCCUAUCACUGAUAGUCGUUUUGCUCGGAACUACUGCAGUUGACAGCUCAGAGCUCAGCUCCCAAUGUUUGUGAUGUUGUGAACAUUUAGUUGGCCAUCUAGAAGCGCCUGAACAGCUGAGAGGAAUUUGGCCGGGAUAUUCAAACUGCCGUUUGUGCAGUUUGUCCAGAAGCGUGACAGUUGUCGCAAGCAACUUAGAGUUUCGUUCUUUUAAGACGUGAAGGAAAUGCUGGGAAAGUUUCAUGAUUAAUUAGUGCCAAAAUCAAACAGAAAAAAAACCGUAUAGCUUAGAAAUCAAAGAGGACUUUGUUUUUGUUUAACAUCUUCAGAUUUGCAAAAUGGACUACUCAAAAUUCAUCUCGAAGAUGGCCCUGAACAGGGUGCCUUCAGGAAUCAGCGAAAUGAGAACGUAUUUGAGGAACGCGUCUCCGUCGCUGGUAUGGCUGGCAUCAGGAGUGCCCAAUGCCCAGAAGUUUCCGUACAAAGAGGCGACCUUUACCCUCGAGGACGGGAAAGUGAUCAAGAUCAAGCCAGACGUCAUGGCCACCUGUUUGCAAUAUGGACCUACUCCAGGGUACCCGCCUUUGCUGACCCAGCUGAGAGAGAUGACCCUCGAAAUCCACAGCCCACCCCGUUGGUCCACGAGUGACGUCAUCGUGACCCUCGGAUGCCAGGACGGCAUGGCCAAGGCUAUCGAAAUGAUUCUGAAUCCCGGAGACUCGAUUCUCGUCGAGGAGCCUUGUUAUUCCGACGCCCUUUGUAUCUUGUCAGCCGUGACGCCAAACUUCUUGAUGGUUGACACAGAUGAGUAUGGAAUGUGCCCCAAUUCCCUGAGGAGAGUUCUCCAGGAGACGGAGAAGAGUAACCCAGACAAGAUGCCCAAGUUGAUGUACUUGGUUCCGAAUGCCAGCAAUCCGGCGGGGAAGACGAUGAACGAGGAAAGAAAGAGGAAGAUAUAUUCCCUAGCAUCAGAAUACAACUUCAUCAUCUUGGAGGACGAUCCCUACUACUACCUUCAGUAUGGAGAUCCCGAGAAAGCCCCACCGAGCUUCCUGAGCUUGGACACAGAUGGCAGAGUGUUACGCAUGGAUUCAUUCUCCAAAAUAGUGAGCGCUGGUCUUCGUGUGGGUUACAUCACUGGUCCUGUUGAGCUGCUGAACAGAAUUGUGUGGCACAUGCAAGCUAGUGUUCUGUGCCCACCAGGAAUCACGCAAGUUAUGAUCAGCGAACUCCUGAAAGAAUGGGGAGAUGAGGGAUUCAAAAACCACAUAACGAACCUGAGGAAUUUCUAUCGGUCACAACGCGAUGUCAUGUUACAAGCUGCUGAUACUUAUCUCAAAGGCUUAUGUGAGUGGACUAUACCGGACGGAGGCAUUUUCGUGUGGUUCAAGGUACUUGGCGUUAAUGACACAGAAGCUAUGAUAAAAAAUCGUGCCGUGAAAAAGGACGUGAUGCUGGUACCGGGGAAUAAUUUCAUGUUGGACACAAAGAAGCCUUGCCAGUACAUGAGAGCUGCUUACUCUAACGUCACUCCAGAGCAAAUCGUGGUGGCUCUUAAAAACUUGGCAGAACUGAUCAGAGAGGAGAUUGCCCUUCAGGAUUCGUUGACAACAGCCUAACACGUUCAGCUUAGACUAAGAGAGCCGGUAUCUUUUAUUCAACAUUUGGACUGAAAAGGGCGCACUACAAGAAAUCCUCCUUUUACAAUAAUAAAAUUUUUGGAGUAAAAUCAGCUAAUUGAUGAUAGUCAUACUUUUAUACGAUUACUGAAUAAACAUACGUGUAAC